AUGCAGGACUGUCUUCGAACACACGACUGUCCAGCCCUUCAAGAUGCACUUCCUUUCCUUCCCACCCGCGUUAUCGAUUGCAGCGAUCCCUCUCAUCCUCGUCUUUUCGUAUCCGGUCACGCGCCCGGUCGUUACAUUGCGUUGAGCUAUGUCUGGGGCGAACCGCAGCCGUACAGCACUACCUCCUCGAAUAUCGCAUCUUACGUUCAACACAUUGACACCCAAUUUUUACCGCAAACGAUAAAGGACGCAAUUAUAAUUACGAACAUGCUUGGAAUUCGCUACCUAUGGGCGGACACGUUGUGCAUCAUUCAAGACUCGGACGAGGACAAAGUGCAUGAGCUCGGGCAUAUGAAGAACAUCUACCGCGAUUCAUACUUGACAAUCGUCGUUGCAAGCGCGAAUCGCGUUAGCGAGGGAUUCUUACACCGGCGCGAGGACACUCUGAGGCUCAACAGGGCAGACUUCACGCUCCCUGUGGUACUUCCAGAAGGACGUGGCACCGGUUCCGUUUCUUUUUCUCCCAUGUAUAUGGAAAUUGACAAUCCAGUCACGAUGGAUGACACCUGGUACGAACCCCUUAAAGAGCCGGUUCACCAACGGGCAUGGUGCAUGCAGGAGCUCUUUCUCUCUCCACGAUCCCUCGUCUUUGCAUCACACACGUUGCAAUAUCAGUGCCAGAAGGGAGCGCGGAACAUCGGUGGCGCAGACAACGAAUACUGGACUGAUGAUCGCAUUCCGUGGAGUCGACCUCCGCCGAUCUCGGGCAUUCCACAGGACGUUAAGACGAUUGACGACCUCGAUAAUAUUUAUGGCGCAUGGAAGACCAUCGUACACAGCUACACGCGACGCAGUAUAUCAGUACCAGGAGACAAACUCGUUGCACUCGCCGCCCUCGCGGAAUACUUCCAUGCCAUCGUCCAAGCGCCCUAUCUGGCUGGAGUGUGGCAGAAUACGCUGCUGAUGGACCUCCUCUGGGCACAUGUUCACACCACGGGACCGUGGCCGCGUCCAUCGAAGUACCGCGCUCCAUCGUGGUCCUGGACUGCUAUAGAUGGCCUUGUGGCAUACUAUGACGGAUGCGCGAAGGGAUGCUUGGUUUCUGUGGCGCCGAAAACCAUGCAUGCGUUCGUCGCUCAAGUUGUUCUAUGCGAGACGGCCUUACAGGAUGCGACACUCCCGUUCGGUGCAGUUUCUGGAGGCGUGCUUGUCCUCCGU